AGGAAAAAAGACAGUAGGGAAGAGGCCAGCGAACGUAGGGAGGAUUCGGGAGGAAGGUAGUAAGGGAGAGAGAAAGAAAGGGCGGAAAAUAACAAUUCACAAAUAGGCUGUACUAAAGGAAGUCUUAAAAUAUACUUCAAAAAAAAAAAAUAAAGAAGAGAGGGCUUAAGAUAAAGAAAAGAAUCGAAUCGUUAAUUCAUCUUCAAUAAUUAGUUAAUUAAUUGAAAAAUAAUCUAAUGGAUUUAGGGGAGCUGUGGGCGAUCUUCGGGCCCGGCGUCUCUGGAGCCGUGUUCGGUGCCGGCUGGUGGUUUUGGAUCGACGCCGUCGUUUGUAGUUCCGUUUCUGUCUCUUUCGUCCACUAUUUACCUGGAAUAUUUGCAUCUAUUGCGGCUUUGAUGUUCAAUUGUGUUAGAAAAGAGGAUAUCGAUUACUCUCCCUAUGAAGAAGGCGAGUGGAGGUUGAAGCUCUGGCUUUUCUUUGCUUAUGUUGUAUCCUUUGUCUCACUGGCUGCUUCAGUGGGCCUGUUGAUACAAGAUUCGCUUGUGAAAUCUGGUCCUUCGGUGUGGACUGGAACUGCAGGUGUCUUACAGUGUGUGUUCGUCUUAAUCAGCGGGCUGAUAUAUUGGACUUCUCACUCAGAAUAAAUGAAGACAGAUGCCUUGCAUCUGGUGUUUGGACUUUGGAGCUUGGAACCACAAGUGAGGCAGUUAUAUGUGUAUGUAUUAUCUGUGCUUAAAUCAGUGGGACAGAAAGUUGUUAACCUUUGUAAAUCUUAUGAUGUACUAACUGUCUCGGGAAUGAAAGUAUGAUUCAUCCUGCUCUUUUGAAAUUUGUGAUGGUGGUUAACUCUAGUUUCAACCACCUGCGCUUGACAACA